AUGCGUUACUCUACCGCUGCUAUUGCCCUUACGCUUGCUGGCUGCUCAGAAGCUGCCGUGCAAGCCUCUCGUCCAGAUGCUACCGCAGCUGAUGCCCAGCCUCCUGUUGUCUAUGUCACCAGCGUUGUCGAGCAGACCACUACUUGGUGUCCCGCCGGAGCCACAAUCACUCACGCAAGCGGUACCACCGUUCUCACUGCUGCGACCAUGAUGACUCUUCCCGUCUCCAAGUCUGCUUCUGUUUCGACUCCGGCUCCUUCUAUCUCGACUCCCGAGGCCGCCCCUGCUUCUUCAACCACCCAGGCUGCUUCCAUCUCGACCGUUCCCACUGCCGGCGCCUACGAGUCUGCUUCCGUCUCGUCUGCCGUGGCUGUCUCGCCUUCCUCCAUGGCCACUGUCAUCUCAGUCUCCUCUAUCUCCGCCUCAAGCCCCGUCUCUCCCGUGGAGACUUCCAGCAUCCCUCCUGUCGCAGUUGCAUCCAGCGCUGUCCCCGUCGCCUCUGUUGGCACCGCCGUCCCCAUCGUCCCUGGGGCAGCCUACGCAUCUUCCGCCCCUUACCCCGUCUCCAUGGCCACUGGUGCCGUCGGCUACGCUCAACCCUCUGGUGUUGCUGGAACCGCUCAAUCUUCUGGCCACGCUAGCUCGACCGGCUCGGCUGCUAAGCCUUCCUCUUCUGCUUACACUGGAGCCGCUUCCCGCAACUUUGCUGGUGUGACUGGUAUCUUUGCUGUUGCCGCUGCCUUCCUUACUCUCGCAUAG